AGUCUUUAAAAUGAACGUGGCGGUGGGCGGUCGUUGUGACAACUCUGGGCGAUCCGCCAUGUCCAGAUCCACGCCGCUCUAUCCAUCGCCUGCCUCCGCUUCCUCAUUUUCCACUUCUCAAGCCGGGAAGGAAGCAGCGAGCAAGAGAGGAGGGCGCUGAGGAAUGGGCUUCCAGAUCUCCAUCACAUCCUUCCUCCUCCUCGCGUUCCUGCUUCAUCCAGCUACAUCUGACGAUACAUCUACUCAGCUGUUGUCUGGCCUCAACAAGUACAGGGGUUCCCUCAACUUGACAUCAUUUACUGAUAACAGCAAUGCAGAUUGCUUGGCUGAACAAGUUGCAUUGGCAUUCAAGGGCGAAGAGUGUAGCAACUCCACUGGAUCAUCUACUGUUCCUGGAACAGAGACACAGCUCCCCAACUUCCCUAAUUAUUUAAGCACCUGCCAUCUCAAUGCAACAGUCACUAGAGAUGGCUCCAUAAUGCCAGUCUGUGUACACGGCUUAACACCUGACCUCGUGCUGUCAAACUACACUGAGACCCAGUACAAUCAGUUCCUGAAUGAUAGCAGCUUUGUUGGAAUUGGGAUUGCCAAUGAGGGCAAUUGGGUGGUUGUUGUUUUGACGACUGAUACACCUACAGGAAACUAUGCUCCGGCCGCAGAUACAACCUCUGGUUCAACUAUUUUAGUUGCUACUCAUCUUUACGUGAUGCUAUUGCUUCUUGGUUUUGCAUUGUUUUUUAUUAGCUAGAGCUUAAGUUUUAUGUUUUCUGUUAUCAAGAAGAUACAGCAAAUUGAAUAACAUAGGAGUUAUUUUCUUAUGAGUUCAUAACUUUCUUUGCCAUUAUUGUAUCCUAUUAUGUUCCUCAGUACUAUGGAACAUAAAAUUGUUGAUUCUUAGUUGUCUUUUAUUGACUCA